AUGGCCGAGGCCGAAGUCGACGCCAGGGCCACGGGCGACGAGGGCCGCGGCGGCGGCGGCGGCAGCGUCGCGGAAGAUGGGCAGCCGGCGGCAGCGAAGUGGGGCGCCGUGACAGUCGUCCUGCUGGCGUUGCUGGUGGCCUCCGUGGCGGCGUUCCUGACGUCGUCGUUGCCGCUCGCCGGCGAGGGCGUCGGCAAGGGGGUGCAGGGAGCUGUCGGCAGGGCGGGGGAGGUAGCAGGGAAGCGCGCCGAGCCCGUCGAGCAUGCGGUCGGCGACGCCGUCGGCAUCCCGGGGUUCAACAGCCGGCUGGACGCGUUCCGCACCUGGGCGGCGCUGGCGUGGAUGAAGCUCCGGCGGCCGCGCGCCGACGAGCCCAGGUACGACGCCGCCGCCGCCUGGAGCGCCGGCUCUGUGGCCGACGCCGCGAAGAGGAGCUUCGAGAUGGGCAAGGAGACGGUGGAGCAGUCGGCGGCGACCACGGCGAGGGCCACGCGGGACGCCGCGGAGACGGCCAAGGAAAAGGUGAAGGGAGCAGCCUCGCCGCCCGACGGCGCUGAACUCUGA